CUUGGUUACUGCUUGAAACUGUGAAUGUUAAGUGAAUCAAUGCAAAAUUUUCAAAAUAACUAAUUAAUUAUCCAAUAAUGGAAAAGAAUAUGGACGAACCCAGGAAACGUAAGAGAAAAGCAGAUAAUUCUGAGAAGAUAAAGUCCAACAAACUUAUGCUAGUCGAUGAAGCUGAAGCAAAGAGAGUGAAAAAACCACCAGCAUCAGAAGUACAGCCGGAAAAAGCAAAAACUAUUCAAUCGAAGUCAAGCAAACGUUCAUUUAUAGAAGUAGAAAAAGCCCAAACCAAAAUUGUUAAAUCGCCAGCUUCCAGAAGAGCUAGAAAAGUCAAAGAGAGUAUUUUCUCUAGUGAAUCAUCGGACAAUGAAGAACAACCAAAAAAUCACACUAAUAAAAAUAAAACUGUUAAGAAUCCUAUACCAAUUAGUAGUGAUAGUGAAUCGACAUCAGACAAUGAAAAACAGCCACAAAGCUUUAGAAAAAACAAACUGAACAAGAAUCCUAUUCCCAUUAAAAAUAGUAGCAAUAGUGAAUCAAGUUCAAAUGAUCAAGAAGAAGAGAAAAUGUUCAAGGGACUCAAGGAUUCAAUUUACAUACAAAAUAGCAGUGAUAGUGAAUCAACCUCAGACAAUGAAGAAGAAACACAGAGAUUACGUAAAGAGAAAAUCAUUAGGGCAUUCAAGGAACCAAUUCACAUUCAAAAUAGUAGCGACAGUGAGUCCUCGAGUGAAUCAGAUUCAGAUGGUGAAGACGAGUCACAGAGAUUCAGUAAAAAGAAAAUGGUUGGGGAAUUUAAGGAUUCAGUUCACAUCCAAAAUGGUAUUGGUAAUAAAUCAAUAUCACACAAAAAAGAACAAGAAAUAUUGAAUGAUGAAAAUUGUGAAACAAGAAAAGAAAAUGAUUUAAUGUCCAAAGAAGAUCAGCUAAUUUUAAUUAAGCGGAUACAAGAAUAUAUUCCCGACGACGACCAUAGAAGCUAUCACUACAGACUUAAACAAUUGGAAUGGCAUAAAGUGGCUUUCAAAAAUUACACCAUAGAUCAGUGCAAACGAAUAUGGUCGCAAUUAUUCAAAAAAGUUCGUCAUUACAGAUUACUGCAAGAGAUUACUAGCGACAUUCAGGAAAUACUUAAAUUCAAUGACUUGCAGUCGAUCAACAUGAAUCCAAUUAAAAAAAUUGUUAAAAAGCAUCCAGGGAUGCCUGAUCGACCAAUGUCUUCAUAUUUUAUUUAUUAUACAAAGCAUUGUGAUAAACUAGCCAAAAAACGACCAGAUUUGCAUGGGAUCUCAUUUGAGAGAUAUAUUAUUGAAAAAUACCGACAAUUAUCCUCAGAGGAGAAACAAAAGUAUGAUUUGAUGGCAAUGGAAAUGCGAAAGGAGUACGAAGUUAAGCUAGCUCAAUUUUAUGAUGAACAUCCUCAAGUGAAAAAAGAAAAACCGGUAUACAAAAAAAAUAUAAAAGUACAAACUGAAAAACCGCCAAAAGAACCUGAAAAGGCAUUCGGACUAUUCCUGAUAUCCGAAAUGAAAAAUCAAACUCCCGAAGAUAGGACACAAUUUCGAAAAGACUGUCGCGAAAAAUGGAAGCAAUUGCCAGACUUGGUUAAGCUGGAUUGGAUAAAUCGAGCAGAAGAAGGAAUUAUUGAAUAUCAGAAAAAACUUGCUCAAUACAUGGCUCGACAUCCAAAGUUUAUUCCGAAGACAUCAGCAAGGAAGUCAGGUCUGACCAAAGAAGAGAAAUGUUUGAAAGAAAAACUUUCAGGAAAACCUAAAAGGCCACCAUUAACACCAUUACGACUAUUUGUAAGCACAAUUGCAAGUAAUGCGGAAACAGUGCCGUCAACAGAAAGAUGGAAAUAUUGCUUGGUGAAGUGGAAGGCGUUGCCUCAAGAAGAAAAAGACCGGUAUUUUGAAUUGCUGAAAAAGAAGCACCGCAAAUAUGAGAAGGAUUUUAGUAAAUAUUUGGAUUCUUUGACAGAGGAUGAGAGACAAAAAGAAAUCGUUCUGGCGUCCAAAAAACUAAAACCCAAACUUUAACAGUUCAUAAUGUAUUUGACAUUCAAACUAAAUAAAGAAU